AUGCUUUGUCGACGGUGUCGUGUCCCUCCUCGGUGGCUGCGCCCGUCCGCGUCACGGCCUCCCAAAAAACGAGCCCGCCAGGCAGACCUCGCCGGCCUUCGCCCGGUCCCGCGCGCUAAUGGUGGAAAAACGCGCUGCUCUCUGACACGCUACGCGCGGCUCUCAAGUCAAACUGGAAAAGGGAACACCACCAUAACAGAAGAACAGGUGAAGGAGAUAAUUAAGAUAUUGAGAAAUGGCAAAUCACCUGGGAAGGAUGUCAAUGAGAAGUAUGGCAGAGGAACAUUAACUGAAGAAAUAACUAAUUUAAUGUAUAAGAUCUUUCACCAUCCUCUGGGCAUCGUGAAGCCGUGCCGGCGCGCAGACCCGAACCUCGGCAGCUGCGUGCGCGACGCCUUCAACACGUUCAUACAUCAGCAGUUCGCAGGGGUACCGGAGCUGGGGCUGGAGUCGUUCGACCCGCUGCAGAUGCCCUACGUGAACCUGAGCGAAGCGGUGCCGGGCAACAUGACGCUGAGCCUGCUGCUGCGAGGCGUGUACGUGCGCGGCUUCUCCAAGGCCAACAUCAUCCACGUCAGGGCCAACCCAGAGGAGCAGAAGCUGGAGUUGAUGUGCCGCGUGCCGUGGCUCACCGCGGAUGGCGUCUUUUCGGCAGAGGGCGAAGUGCUCACCUUCCCGCUCAGCGCCCAGGGGGCCUUCAGCGUCAACAUGAGUGAAGUCAGUAGCUCCUGCAUUAUAUACUUUUCUGAACAGUCCGUCAAGAAAGGUGGACCAAAGUACUUCACCGUCGACCAUUUGGAAUUUGACUUCACUCCUGUGGAUGUGUCUUACUAUUUUGGUGAUACACUGGAUGAAGACAAUCAGCUAGGUACAUAUUCUUAA